AUGGUUUCAGCGCCAACGAAGCCCAGCCAGGUCUCCUUUCAUGAUCAAGUGAAUCAAGUGGAUGUGUUACAGGAUAGCAAGCGGCAGCAGAAGCAGCGCUUGGAUCGGAUUAAGCUGCAGACGUUUCUGAUCGACUACAACUUUCGGGGAAUCAAUUUGCCAAUGUCUGGAGAGACGGGCGAUGCAGGUGUCUAUCCCGUACACGUGGCGGCUCAGCUGGGCGACUUGGAGCUGCUGCGUCUCUUGCUGCGAGCUGGAGCUGAUCCGGCGAUGAGAACGUCUGAGGGCUGUGGCGCCUCCGAUUUCGCCCAGCACGGUCAGAUUGUGGAGCUUUUGUCACUUCCAGUGGUGACUGUGCAGGGAUUGAGAAACCUGGCGAAAUGCAAAGUCUUUAAAGUGAGUCUAUGA